AUGUAUGAAAACAUUCUUAUGGACAAUGACGAGUACGUCUUAUCAGAUCUUAUCAACUGCAUUCAGCAAGCACAAGGGGAAAUCAAAAAGGAAAUGGAAAAGAUGAAGGAGAAACGAAAACAAUUCAUUCAUCCUGAACUGAAAAUCGAAAGAAUUGCGAAAUACUGCCAGAAAUUGCAUGACGAAUUACAGAAUACUAACCAGCAAUGUUCACAAUCGCGAAGCGAAUUACAAAAUUUGAUACAGCAAUGCGCUUUUCUCGAUAAGCGAUUAAACGAAUAUAAUGAAACUAUUGAACUCUUUAAACACGAAUAUGAUGAGCUUCAGUGCAAGAAUACAGAAAUCAAAAAAGCUAUUGCUGAGACAGAAACAAAUGCUAAAGAUUAUCUUGCAGAAGAGAUAUCGAAAAUGUAUGACCAUUUACUAGCAGAAUCAAAUAAAAUUGAACUGCAGUUAGAACAGAUUGAUAAUCUAGGAAGCAAUCUAGAAAAUCAAGAGAGCACAUGA